GAAACACGUGCAGCUUCCUUGUUAGUAAACAAUGCUCUCUGAUGAUCUGACAUUGAUGCAUAAAACAGUAAUCUAUAUUAUUCAUUAGAUAACGUACACAGCAGGCGUUAUUUGACUAGUUCUUCAGAAAUGGAAACCUUACAGCUGCAGUCUGUACUGUUAAUUUUUGCCCACUAAAAUUCACGGAGAGAAGGUUGAAGCUGAAAUUAGAAAAUAGCAAUUUUUUACUAGGGUGCUGAUUACAGGACGCUAGGACGCUGAUGCUUUUUGAAAAAAUGAGACACAAAAUACACAAGCUUUGUGCUUAAGCCUUCUGGGACACACUUUUACUUUUUACCUUUAAGUAUUAUUUAAAUAAGUAUAAUAAACUCCACGUCCGUUUUCAAAUGUACAUGGUAAUGUUGAUUGUGACAAGAUGUUAUACUGUUGGAGAAUCAUAUUCAUUAACAUUGCUGUUGUGAACAUCCACGAUAUCAAUACCACAAACUGCAGAAUGAAGAUGAAGUUAAACAUGAUGAUCGUGGGCUUCUGUGUUGUCUCCAUGACAACAAAAAUGGAUUGUGUCCCUGUUAAUGGUGCGAAGCCUCAGCUUACAGCGAGAGAGAUUGGGACAUUGGUCUGCGAUGCUACGGACACCAAUAACGAUGGCAUCCUCACUAAACUGGAAUGGGUUAGGUCAAUGGCUAACAUGGACCUUGACCACAAUGAUGAAGUCACACAGAGUGAGAUGCUGAGAUAUCUGGUCAAACUGGAUAGCAGAAUUCGGCCACUGUGGUCUCGUGCAAUAUUUGAAACAGGUGAUUUAGAUAAAGAUGGAGUAUUGACAGAAGAUGAUAUUAUCAAAUUUGGGAAACUAGAUGCCAAUGGAAAUGGGCAAACAGACAAGGAUGAAUGUAUUGAAUUUUGUGAAAAGAUUUUGAAAAAGUACGACCCCACGCUGGAGUAAACAGCUACCCACAAUAUUUGCCAUAAGUGUUCCAGUUUUUAAGAAGACAUCAUGGCAAAAAAAUAUAAAGAUGAAUCAUCAGUAGUUUUGAGAAUGUUUUGUUGAAUGCAACAAUUCACUG